AUCACAUUGGGAGAGUGUUAUCCUGCGUGCAGAGGAAGGGGAAAGGGCUGCCGUAGGGUGGGUGCAGCCAGCACAGAAAGCAGAGGCUGGUGGCAGCUCUGGGAGAUGACGUCUGUAGGCUGGAAAGGGAACUCGAGGAGAACACUGAGCCUGGGGAGGCCCUGAGUGCACACGGGUGUGUGCAUGUGUGUGACCUGUCCUGGGGGCAGCAGCCAUGGAGGAAACGUACCUGCUGAAUGUGGAAGGGGUCAGAAAGAAGAUCCUGCAUGGAGGCCAAGGGGAGCUGCCGAAGUUCCAGGAUGGGAGCAAGAUCACUUUCCACUUCCAGACACUGAAGGACAACUUUGAGCGGACGGUGAUCGAUGACAGCCGGGAGGCCGGCAUGCCCAUGGAGAUCAUCGUGGGCAAGAUGUUCAAGAUUGAGAUCUGGGAGACACUGCUCUGCUCCAUGAGGACGGGGGAGGUUGCGGAGUUCUGGUGCGAUGCCAUCCACACAGGGAUGUACGCCCUGGUCUCCAAGGGCAUGCGGAGGAUCGCGGAGGGCCGGGACCCCCUGGAAGGGCAGAAGCACCGCUGCGGCAUGGGCAACAUGUUUGACUACCACAGCACGGGUUACGACGACCUGGAUGAGCUGCAGCGGACACCUCAGCCCCUCAUCUUCAUCAUGGAGCUGUUCCGGGUGGAGGAGCCCUCGGCCUACAAACGUGACACCUGGGCCAUGAGCAAGGAGGAGAAGCUGGCGGCCGUGCCUGUGCUGCACAGCGAGGGGAACCGCCUCGUCCUCCAAAAGGAAUUCCAGCGAGCAGCAGAGAAGUACCAGGAGGCCGUCAUCUGCCUGAGGAACCUCCAGGCCAAGGAGAAGCCAUGGGAGGAAGGCUGGCUGAAGCUGGAGAGCCUGGUCACACCGCUGGUGCUCAACUACUGCCAGUGUCAACUGGAGCUGGGAGAGUACUACGAGGUGCUGGAGCACACCACGGAGCUGCUCCAGAAACACCACGACAAUGCCAAGGCCUAUUUCAAGCGGGCGAAGGCGCACGCGGCCGUGUGGAACGAGCGAGAGGCGCGGGAGGAUUUCCUACGCGUGGCCCACCUUGACCCCGCCAUGGCGGCCGCCGUCAAGAAGGAGCUGAAGCUGCUGGGGGAGAGGAUGAGGAAGAAGCACGUGGAGGAUCGGAAGCGUUAUCAGGGGCUCUUCCAGCAGCCCCGGGGGGGGAGGGCUGGCAUGGGUGGGGGACGGCAGGAGGAGGUUGGGUGCCAUGAAGGGGAGCAGGGCAUGGGAAUGGGAGAGGCCGGGGUUGGUGAAGGAGAACGAGGAAUGGCUGGGGAUGGAUGUGGAAAGGAAGCAUGGGGAAGAGGAACAGUCCCAGGGGAGGCUGAAGUGGUGGGAAAUGGGGUGGGACAGGGUGGGGAAGUAAAGCUGGGUGUCUGUAGGGCAGAGCUGGAGAGCUGUGGGGCAGAGAGGGAGGUGGAGGGGUGGGAGGAGGAGGAGAAGGAGGUAGUAGAGGAGGACGAAGGAAAAGUAAUGGUGGAGGAGGAGAAAAAUGAGAUAGAGGAGAAGGAGGAAGAAGCGGUUAAAGAGGGGGAGCUGGAGAAGGGCAGCUGUGGGGGACAGCAAGCAGACAACUUCACCUCCACCAACACCACCAAUGGGGCAGUGCUUCAGGCUGGGCCAUCGGGUGCAGAUGUGGAGCUGGAUGGGGGAACAGAAAUGCCCCCCUACCUCACAUCAGCUGAGGAAAGGGGUGGUGCAGCCUCAGGACUGGAGGCACCCCUGGAACAGUGCAGGGAGAGCAGAGAGCUCGAGGCCGCUGCAAUGGGGCACGGGCAGGCCUGA